AUUUAUACAAGUUAUUAUGUUAUUUUCUAAGUCAGUCACACACCCGUAACUAUGCAAAGUCACGGGUACUUUGGCUAGGUAUUAUUAUUAUGAAAGAUCAUUGGAACAGAGAAAGCAAAGAAAAAAGGAGCUCCUACUUCAAAAGUUGAUCCAAUUAUUCAUUUUCUAAAAUUUCGUCUCCAAUGAGUCUUUACUUGAGCAAAACACUCAUAUUGGGUAUCAUGUUUAGGAUUUGUAUGGUAUUGCUAUCUUUCAAGAUUAGCAUAUCAUAUGAUAUCCAAGCUUCAUUUAUUUUUGGAGACUCCUUGCUCGAUGUAGGGAACAACAAUUACAUUUCUUCACUUGCCAAAGCAAAUCAUUACCCUUAUGGAAUUGAUUUUGGAAUGCCCACUGGUCGUUUUUGCAAUGGAAGAACAGUUUUGGAUGUUAUAGAGCAAGAAUUGCGUCUAGGCUUUUCUCCUCCUUACUUGUCUCCUACUACUUCUGGAUCAGUGAUUUUAAAGGGUGUCAAUUAUGCUUCUGCUGCAGCUGGAAUUCUCAAUUACUCUGGUCACAUUUUUGGUGGUCGAAUCAACUUCGAUGCACAGAUUGAUAACUUUGCAAAUACGAGAGAAGAAAUCAUCAACAAAAUUGGUGUUCCUGCAACUCUCAAUUUGCUUAAGAAUGCUCUCUUCACAGUAGCAUUUGGCUCAAAUGAUUUCCUUGAUAAUUAUUUGACACCUCCAAUCUCAGUUCCAGAGAUGGAGUUGUUGUCUCCAAAAUCAUUUGUUGUCAUCAUGAUCUCAACAUUCAGAGUACAACUAACCAGGCUAUUCAAUCUAGGAGCAAGAAAAAUGGUUGUGGUAAAUGUAGGGCCUAUUGGGUGUAUACCAUUUAUGAGAGAUUUUAACCCACAAGCUGGAAACAAGUGUGUCACAUUUCCUAAUCAACUAGCUCAAUUAUUUAACACCCAAUUGAAGAGACUAAUUGAAGAACUAAGGAACAAUUUAGAAGGUUCAUUAGUUGUUUAUGCAGAUGUUUAUCACAUUAUGGAAGAUAUCAUCAUGAAUUACAAUAAAUAUGGUUUUGAGAAUCCUAAUUCCGCAUGUUGUCACCUUGCUGGUCGAUUUGGAGGAUUAAUUCCAUGUGAUGGUUAUUCAAAAAUUUGUGUAGAUCGAUCUAAAUCUGGGGAGAGGACAGAGAGAGAUUCGGAGGGAAGAAGGCAAAGUGGAUUUAAUGUGGAAGGUGUAUUAUUACAUUUGGUGGAAAUUAGUGUUGUGUGUAGCACUUAAAUCACUUGUGCGCAGUAUAAAUAAUCACUCUUUGAUCCUCAACUUGGUGUGUUUGAUUUGGAAGAGAAGUUACAAAGAGAGAGUGUGUGAUUGAAGAGAGAAAUAGAUGAAAAAUAAUUUAAAUUUGAGGUAUUGAUGUGUACAAAGAAAGAUAGAAAAAAUAGAAGAAAGAGAAAUAUUAAUUAUUUUCAAAUAAGUAUGUUCUAUAUUAUUAGGAGUUGGUUAUAUGUAGUUACUAUUGAUUAAUAUUAGUUGUCAAUUAGUUGAGUUUUAUUUUUAUCAAGUGCA